AUGGCCUCGCCCUCCCCCGUCUCUCCCACUGUCCCGUGGCCGCGCCACCGCGCCUGCCCCUCCGCGCCACUCCGACCGCACCGGCACCACCCCUCGCCUCCACCCGCUGUGGCCCCUGGCCGCGCCGGCGAGCCCCGCCAUCGGUGCCCUGGCGUCCUCGUCCCGCCCUGCGGGCGAGCGCUCGCUCGGGUGCGCCCGCACCCGUGGACCAAACCCGCUGUGCCCCCUGGGCCACUGCCAGUCAGACACUGGCCGGAUACAAGAGGUGCACUACCCGCCCCUGCGUGCGAGCUCUCCCUCCUGAGCCCCUCAGCGUGUCGUGCCUCUGCUCCCCUCGCGUGCGUCCCCGCCCGCGUCGGCUGCCGCCGCGGUGGCCGGCUUCCGCUCCCGCCGCGGCCGCAUCCCGCUCGUCCGGCUCGCCGCCACUACCGGGUCCGCGCCUGCAGCUCCCACGCCGGCUGGUCGGCUGGCCGGCUCCGGCCGCCUGCAGGCCCGGACGGCUCUCCCGCGCGCCUCGCGCCUCCGCCCCCGCCGUCUCCGAGUGGCCGCCCCGCGCAGGUCGGCUUCGUCACCCGGCUCCGCCUCGCCUCGCACCGGUCGGAUCUUCUACCGCUGUCUAGCCGCGCCCGGCCGACUACGCGCCAUCCGGUCGUGCCCGGCCUCCCCUUCACGCGCCCACGGCGUACCGGCUCCCGCGCGGGUUCCCGCACCCGGCCCCCAACCCGUCGUUCCAGUCGCCUGCCGGCUUCGGGCAGGCCGGCUGCUCGUUCCGGUCCGGCUCCCCCAGCACCUGCCGGCUCGCCGCCUACGCCCGCGGGGCCGGGUCCAGCUCCUUCCGCGCCGCACCGGAUCCGGCUGCCCCUGUGCGCCCGCGGCUCCGCCCGGCCGCCUCGCUUCGCCCCAGGCCGGCUUCGACCGCGCCGCGCCGACUCCGCCCGCCAGUGCGUGUGCGGGCCAGCGUCCGCCCUGCCCGCGUGGCUGCGCGCCCCAGCCGCCCUGCCUCGCCUCAGCCCCCGUGCGGGCUGGCUCCGACCACGCCGCGCCGGCUGCGACCCUUUCCCGGCCUCCCGCGCCGACUGCCGGGUCGCGGUGCUUCGGCCGGCCGCCCCGCGCCGCCUUGGCCGGCUCCCGCCUCGCGCCGCCUUGGCCGACUCGCUGCUCCAGCCGACAUCCACGCGCGCGGCCGGCUUGCCCCUCUAG